AUGUCAGCGGACAGCGAUGAUGAACUUAGAGCAUGUCACAAGGUCAUUAUCCCUGACUGUGACCUAUUUGAGUUUUGCCAAAGCUACCGAGAAGCAGUAGCAACCCCAUCAAUUCAGGAUGAAUGUCCUAGAAGCGUUUUGAAGCAAAUUGUUGGUAUGGAAGAAAUGAAGACUUUAGCAAUUGCCUUGGCAAGAGUAAUUGCAGCCAAACCUCACUCGACUGAUGUGGAGAGACUGAUAUCAAUAUACAAUAUUCUGAUGUCACCAGCGAGAAGCGGACUUAACACGGAUACCUUUCACUACUACAUUUUCAUUGGAUUCAAUCUUCCACCGCUUGCGAGUUAUGAUGUCAGACCUGCUAUUCGAUACUGGUUAGCAGAUAAGAAGAGAAAACCAAGUGCAUCGUCUAAGUACAAGACACAAAAGUGGUUCAAUGGUGUCUUUUUUGAAAACACGUUGGUGACGAUGAGAUCGACAUGUCAGAGUUGUCGGAGGAAAGCAGACAAGGAGGACAUCACUUGAAACCGUCUUUUGGUUGGAAAUUGACAUAAGAAUUAAGAAAGGAUAGGGACCGCCGGACCGUGCUUUGCAUGGCUAUGCUCUUUUUAAGACUUUUAAGGCUCACGAUUACGGAAAAACAAAUUUCACAUUUCUUUAGUUAUUUUACCAUUAUUCGUUUCAGGAGUUAUAACAAUUUGAUUGUAUAAAGUAUAAACAAUGAAUAAAACAGUAUUUCCACUUUAUUUAGGUUUUCCAAAAUGUUUGUAGUUCUUCUGUUUAUGACAACUUUAAAGCCUGGUUUUCAUUGCAACGCAAGCAUAAGGCGUAUGCAUAAGGGAAAGGAAGAUUUUAAUAUUGUUAAACUUCUGUUUUAUGCUUGCGUUUAGGUUUGUGCCAGCAAAUCAGUGAUGCUUACGCUUAAGUUUACGGCUAGCGAACACCUGCAGGGUUGACGAAAGUGCUCAAAUCUGCGUUCCACCCAGACUGUAAAGUAGUAGCUUUGCAGGGAAUUAAUUUCCCGCGGUAAAAUUCUUCCAAUUGUGGAAAUCCGAGCAAAAAGGAUUUGUUUUGAAAAUCCGCGCAAAAAUUUCUGUAAAUCCGCGCAAAAUUGCCAAAGAUUUUCCAAAUUCUGUUCUCAGAACGCUGGAAAUGCCAUUUCAGAGACCCCCUUAAAAGCUCGCGUCUUCGACGCUCAACUCGUGGCUUUGCCACUCGUUCUCAUGAGUCUGCACAUUUAUACCGAAAAUACGCCUCUGAAGGCAAGUGUGUCCUUGUAAAAAUUCCGUAUUUUAAUGCCUGGGUCAUAGAUACGACCAUUAAAUUAUUGGUUAUCAUUAUCACGGUAAAAGUGACCAAAAACCAAGUGGUUAAAUUAACCUUUUAAAAUUGUCCAAAAAUAAUAUUAUUAAGGUCGAAGUAACCAAUUUCUAAUUGGUCAUGCCUCAAUGACCAAUUGGUUAAUUGGUCAUUUUAACCAAUCAACACGCAGAAUUUGUCGACAACACAUGAAAACUUGUCAUGGAAUAUUUGCUUGUGUGUAAGUGACUAAAAUUAAAGAGUAUCAUGUCAGUGAUCUAUUGCUUGGCGUGACGGUGUCCCAGAAAAUGACCAAUCCUUGAGAUAUUUAUAAGUGAUCUCCAAGUAAGUCAUAAUAUCUUGUGAUAAUGUUGCGUUUUUUUAUGCAAAAUGUUUGUAAUGAAAGUAUAUUCAUGAGAUACAGCCGAAUGUAUACAUAAAAUGUAAACGCAAGCGUGCAAAGGAUCACUGACAUGAUUCCAAAAUUGAAAUAAGAGUUUGCGUUAGUAUUGUGGAGGUUAGGAUUAGGGUUACGUGUGGAGUGUUCUGCUUUGCACUUCGGGGGCAGAAAUGGCUUUACUGGGGGGGGGGGAAUUAUUUCCCUGGGGGGGGGGGCAAUUGCUCCCCCAGAUAUAUAGUUAAAAAAGGCACUGAUAUAGCCUUGCGAAGUUUGCAAUUUUCAGUCAUUUCAGAUUACAAACGGGAAAUGGUUACCACUUCUGUGCGUAAUACAAAAUGACUGAAAAUUACAAACUUCGCAAGGCUAUAUUAUCCGCAUUUUACAACAUUUUGCAACGAAACUUUGAAAUAUUACUAAUUUUGUGAUGCUCUUUCAAGCUGUGAUGAAAUUUUUGUCUAGACUUGUUAAGAUCAAAAUUUUGGUUAAUUGGGGAAUGGUCCAUUGCACACGGGUUUUGCAGAUGGAACUUUCUAGUGUGAAUUUUAUAAAACUGCUCCUGGUUAGGUGUAAUAAAUGUAUAUGAAAAUUUACACUUGAAAUUCCCAUCUACAAAACCCAUCUAAAAUUAUGUGCUUGAUGUCAUGUUUUGCAAAAACGAGAGAAAAAGAUAUGUAUGCUACAUGCAGCUGUCGGACGCUACACGUCCACGGGGCUGUAUACAGCAUGCACGCAUCCCUGUUUUACGUAGCCCGCUUGGCUGCAAGGAUUCCGACUAGGCUUAUCCUUUGUUGUUCAUUUUUGUAGUGGAAGUGAUGGAACUUAUUUAAUCAAAUCAAGAAACAGCGUUGGUUAUGAAUUAAUACCCUGCCUUAGUGCUGGCACACAGAUCCCUGAAUCAGACUGCACAGGGAGUGGAUGGACGUACAUAGGGGAAUUGUCUAGCGAACAAAGCAAUGUAAUUAAAUCAGUUUAAUUAUUAUAUGCCAAGAGUCAAAGUUAUUUUCUUUGACACUUGGUAUAUAAUAAAAAAAUACUUAUUGACUGGGACUUUCGGGAAAUAGUAUGUUUUGUGGAACUUGGACUGCUGUUUCCCGAGCCGUAGCCCCCUCCCCUCCGCUACACCUCUGCAAUAUUUUCGUUUACACCAGGGGUCGUAGCGACCGGAGGAUGUAACAGGGUCAGAAUAAGAAUUAGAGUCAGUAUUGAACAACGAGACAAUAAGUAUCAGUAUGCGCAAGAUUAUGUGGGCAAAAAUUGUCAAGUAUGUCUUCGUCGUUCCUUCGUUGAAUCAUAGUUAAUAGAAUAGAUGGUUUGGAAACUCAUUAGAAUAACAAUAUAACUCAUUAUCUAUGUUAGUCAACGUUUAUUCAUAAAUCUGGUCCUUCACCGUCACGUGCGUGUGGUAUUUUUGCCCAACUAACCAAAUAGCAAUGUUUUAGGAAAGUUACCUAUCCGUGACUCGAACAAUAGGGUAAAUUGGAAAUUGCUAUUGGUGGAUUUGGCAAAAAUACAAUACACACGUGACGGUGAAGGACCAUAUUUAUGAAUAAACGUUGACUAACAUAGAUAAUGAGUUAUAUUGUUAUUCUAAUAAGUUUCCAAACCAUCUAUUCUAUUAACUAUGGUUGAAUGGUUCUCGGGAUCAGACUCUCGAGUUAUUUGAGAUAUGGCUCCUUAAAUUGCCCAUUUUCUCUUUUAAAUUGCUCAUUUUUAGUUCCGCAUUUAAAGUCGUUGCUCUGUGAAAAGUUCAUCAGCAGUGUUACAAUUUCUCGUUAUCUUAGAACAACACAGGCUACGACUCUGCAAUUUGGACUGCAAAAGGAGAAAACCAGAUUAACUUUAAUUCACAUUUCUGGAGUGCCAACGUGACUGAGGUGUGCUUAACCGCGAAUAGAUUUGGUAUUCAACUUCCCGUGAAAGGUCCGUCGCUGCGCAGUUUAUUUUUCGAAAACAUCACAUUGGAAAUACCUAUACAACAAUGGAUUGAUGGUAUCAAAAUCAACAUCUCGCAUCUAAACUUCACUAACGGUUGUUUUAAAAGUGGUUUCAACGUGGGGGAUCCAAAUUCUGUUCGUGCUCGUUUAGGAGUUGUCAGCGUGGUUCCUCACGCGGGUAAGUAAGGCCUGGUUCAAAAGUCACAUUUUGUUCAAUGCAUUUUGCAUAUACAGCUAAUUCAAGAAAAGGUUGUCUUUUGCAAACAGUUAAACUCUAAACCUUAAAUUUUAAAGUCCAAGCGCGCAAAGCUUAAUGGGAGCACAAGUUUCAAGCUUAGAGUUGAAUGUUGCAGCUAUUUGUAAAUGAAUUGUUCUCGUAAGGAGAUAUUUACCACGUCUCUAAGAAAUGGGCCCCAUAUAUAUGAUUCCUAAACUAAUUAAAUGAUGCUCCCAUUAUGCUUUGCACGCUUAGAGUUUAAGGUUUAGAUUUUAAGGUUUGCAAUUUAAAGGACAACUUGUUUUGAAUUAGCUGUAUAUGUCGAAUACAAUUCGCAUUAGAUUCGAGCAAAUUGAAUUCAUGCAAAAUUCAACACCCGUUUCAAACAAAUUUUGAAACGUCGAAUUUUGCAUGCAUCGAAUUCAAUUCGUCUUGGGCGUUGCCUGGAAUAACAUAAAGCUUGAGACAUUAAUCUCGUUUAUAAGAAUAUUAAGGCUGAAAUAGGCAAAAUUUAAAGAAUUUACUAUAGAAUACAUCCAAGAUCGUUAAAAGAACAUCUUUCAGAGGACAGUAUGAAAGUAUAGGCUAUCUUUAAAAGGGAGAACGGGGAAUCGGGGAAUGGAGCAUAUCGGGGAAUAUCAUAUUCCUAGACAUCUUUAAAAGGGGGGAUAUGUAAUAAUAAUAAUAUUAUUUCUGUAAUAAUUUGAACUUGAAAAUGAGGUCAAGAUGACCUCGGAACGUCGCUCUUUAAUACAUUUAUUAUCGCUAUCAUAUUUGUCUAAAUCUAUAUAAAAAGGUUUAUGGAAAUGAUAUUCCCCGAGAUAUUUCCAAAUUCCCCGAAAGUAUAUGCUAUGCUCUGAUGUAUCUAUUACAAACAGCUGCAAAAGUAACCUUAUAUGGUAUACUGUACUCCAAAAUUUAAGAAUGUUGUAAGAAUAUUUUAAGCCCAAAUUUUCGAAAAUUUAUCAAUGUAGUUCGCUACAGCUACAGUUUUGUAAAAGUAGUCAAAAACAACUCGCUACUUGAAAUUGCAAUUUGCUACAGACAGUAGCGAACUACAACUACUUCGCUACUACGUCCCACCCUUGAACGAUAGUAACACCUAGUUUUAAAUUUAAUUUCGUCUAGGUUGUAGUUUAUCCGUGAAGGCGAUUGGCGUCGGUAUAAAAGUUGCUGGUAAGGAUUAUGGCAGCGUUCAUGGCUUGUACGCCAACACAAAUAAUGAUAUAAGUGAUGUGUCUUAUGACGACGUCGCCGUUUUUGUCCGCUCGCGUCCUGACCCGA